AUGGCUGACUCCGGACUUCGCAAGCCAGCACCACUUUCCUUUGAGGGAAAUGUAGCAGAAAACUGGCGUGUGUUCAAGAGAGAGUAUGACAUUUUCGUAAAUGCUGGUUUUAGUGACAAAGGUGAUGCAGUGAAAGCCGCAAUCUUGCUCAACUUAGCAGGAUCUGAGGCAAUAGAACGGGAACGCUCAUUUCAUUAUGUUCCAGGCAUACCAGAGCGUGCCAACCCUGCUGGAGGCGUAUUCCCUGCAGUACCUAGUAAAUCACGGGAUGAUCCUGAAGUUCUCAAGCGUAAAUUCGGUGAACUCUGUAACCCUCGCACAAACAUAAUCCUAGAACGUUUUAAGUUCAAUUCAAGGAUUCAAAAGGACGGUGAAGCAUUCGUUACGUUCCUGUCGGAUCUUAAAAACAAAGCCAGCUCAUGCGAGUUCGGUGAUCUGCAUAGUUACACUGCUGGUGAGUCGAGCAAAAGUUUGAAGGACAUUGUCAAAAAGCUCAAUGAUCACAUCAUUGGAACGGUAAAUGAGACUUAUGAGAGAUUCAAGUUCAAUUCACGUAACCAAGAGUCUGGCGAACGAUUUGAUACGUAUCUUAGUGCUCUGAGAGAGUUGGUAAAGACUUGUAAUUUCGAAAAUCUGGAGGAUUCACUGAUUCGUGACCGAAUUGUGAUUGGCAACCGAGAUCAGAACACUCGUCGAAAGUUAUUGCAAGAACGUAAGUUGUCGUUGAAAAAGAGUAUUGACAUUUGCAAGUCCGCUGAGUUAGCACAGACUCAACUCAAAGUUAUCGGUUCUUCUGGGACUGAAGAUGUAAAAAAGGUGUCGUCACGAUUCAAAUCGAAACCAAAGUCGAGAGGAGGCGAUACUCCAAUGCCAAAGAAAUACGAGCAUAGUGCAUCGAAUCACCACACGUCGAAUUGGUUGAUAGACUGUCGAUUUUGUGGACGGAAGCAUGCUAAAGACCGUCAGGAGUGUCCCGCAAAUGGACAGAAAUGCCACAAAUGUGGUGGUUUAAAUCAUUUCAAGUCAAAAUGCAGGUCAAGAAGUGUACAUGCAGUGGGCUACACCGAUUCUGAGUAUGACUCUGACGAUGAGCAUGAUGUGAUUGGGUGUGUGCAUCUUGCAGAGAUAAACCAAGUUUGCAAUAAUGACAACAAGGAGAUUUACGCAGAAAUGAUAGUUGCGAAGAAGCGAGUGAAAUUUCAAUUGGACAGUGGAGCCGCUGUGAACAUAUUACCCGCUAAACAUGUCAAUAGUUCGAUCAAGUUGCAAAAGUGCAACAAAGUUCUGCAAAUGUGGAACGGAGCGCGUUUGGUUCCCCAAGGGAAAUGCAGAAUGCAUGUCCGUAAUCCUAAAAAUAGGAAACUGUACUCCAUUGAGUUUGUCAUCGUGAAAGAGGACUUUGUGCCCCUUCUUGGUCUUUCUGCUGUCGAGCACAUGAAACUCAUCGUCGUAAAUCAGGGCAAUUUCAAGCGUGUAAACACAGCAAAGGCUCUUAACGAUCCCGUAUUGGAAGGCUAUGCUGAUGUGUUCGACAGGACUAAGAUUGGACAGUUUCCUGGAGAGGUUCAUCUCAACAUUGACGAUUCCAUUCAACCAGUCGUACGUCCACCACGGAGUGAACCGAUAGCCUUACGGGAGAGAUUCAAAAAGAAACUCGAUGAGCUGGUAGAAAAGGAUGUACUAGCAACUGUUGAGACACCUACCGAUUGGGUGAACCAAUAUGUCAUUGCUGAAAAGCAAAAUGGUGACAUCAGGUUAUGCAUAGAUCCUGGUCCAUUGAACAAAGCAUUGCGACGUGAGCAUUAUCAGCUACCCAUAAUAGAUGAUGUCCUACCGGAGCUCACGAAUGCGAAAGUGUUUACGAAACUAGACUUGGCUAAUUGGUAUUGGCACUGUGUUCUCGACGAAGAAAGUAGCUACCUUACUACAAUGCAAACCCGUUAUGGCAGAUAUCGUUGGAAACGAUUACCGUUUGGUUUGUGUGUGUCUAGUGAAAUCUUUCAACGUCGAUUUAUACAAAUCCUGAGUGGUUUGACAGGAGUGUUGUGCUUAGCAGAUGACGUCUUCGCGUAUGGUGUUGGGGAUACUUAUCAAGAGGCAUGUGUAGACCAUGAUAAGAACAUUCGCUGCUUACUUCAACGAGGACGUGAAAAUGGUGUUAUAUUCAACUUGGAUAAGGUUGAGCUAUGUGAACCAAAAAUAGGGUUCUCAGGACACAUUCUGUCAGCGAAGGGUCUCAUGGCUGAUCCUCGCAAGAUUGAGGCUGUGAAAGAUAUGCCUAAACCUACUGAUCGUGCUGGUAUUCAGCGAUUUAUCGGAUUUAUUCAGUACCUGGCAAAAUUCUUGCCUAGACUAUCAGAAACAUUGACGCCACUGCGAAAGCUAAUGAAUUCUGAAGAAGAAUUCAAGUGGACUAAAGUACAUGAUGCUGCUUUUGCUGAGGCAAAGACUCUUGCGACACAGGCCCCUGUGUUAGCGUAUUAUGACCCGAAGUUACCACUGACAAUACAAUGUGAUGCGAGUCAGAGUGGACUUGGGACGUCCCUCUUGCAAAAAGGUCACCUGAUCUACUACGCAAGUCGCGCACUUACGCCAACGGAGUGCAGGUAUGCUCAGAUAGAAAAAGAGAUGCUUGCAGUAUGCUUUUCAUUACACGUAUGGUAG